CAUGCUCUAUUUGACUCCUUCACCAUCACUUAUUUCACCAUUCAACCAUCCAAUGAACAACAAAGACUCCAACAACAAUCCUCACUUAACCAAAAAGAAGUAUAAAGGAGUACGAAUGAGAAGCUGGGGCUCAUGGGUAUCCGAAAUCCGCGCACCAAAUCAAAAAACACGAAUAUGGUUAGGCUCACAUUCCACACCCGAGGCCGCAGCCCGAGCCUACGACGCCGCCCUUAUAUGCCUCAAAGGACCAUCAGCCAAUCUCAACUUCCCACAUCAUCAUUACCACCACCUUAUUAACUACUAUGACACGGCUAUGUCCCCUAAAUCAAUCCAGAGAGUGGCGGCUGCCACUGCAGCUGUUACAGAAGCUGCAGCCACUGCCGCCACUGAUGAUACUGACAUUGACAUCAGUACCAGUACCAGUAUUAGUACCACUGUCACGGGUUCAUCUAGUUCAUCAUCUAAUUUGUUUUUACCAACAAGUCCCGUAGUUGUUGAUGAAAUGAUGGUGGCUAGUGAUUGUUAUGAUUACGCGGCCCCCGCGUAUGAUCAACUGUGGUCUUGGUGUGACUCGGAAGUGCCUAUGUAUGAUGAUAUAAUGUACGAUGAAUCAAUGUUUGAUCCUUUGUGUUCUUUGGGGAUUCAAGAUGUUGUUGACGAAGAUGUUUACGACAUUCCUCUUUGGAGCUUCUGCUGAAUUUUUGGUGCUCAAGUUCCACAUGGGAGUUUAAUGAAUUUUGUGGAUUAAUUAUUUAAUUUAUUCUUUUGGUGAUCUUCAUAUUAAUAAGGAUCAUCAUUUACUUAUAAUAAUCUUUUGGAAAUUUAUUGUUAUUAAUGGUUAAUGUCCUAUUGUAUCUAUCUCUUAAUGUAAGCUUGACUUUAUCAAUUUAUAUUUAUAUUCUUUUAAUUUA